CUCAAAUCAAGCACCAAAGCACACAGCAAGAGGGAGGGAGAACAGGAAGGCAUUCCUCCGUGGCGUUGAGCUCUCAGAACAGUGAAGCUGUGCUUGGCAGUACCUCAGAGGCUGGAGAUUCCAGGUCACCAUGGCCAUGCCAGAAAAGUCAAGCGAUGCCAACCCAUCUGAGGAUUGCAGCAAUUUCCCUGAGAUUAUUGAACUCAACGUAGGUGGCCAGGUGUACAUAACUCGCUACCCCACUCUCAUCAGUAUUCCCGGUUCCCAGCUCUGGGAAAUGUUCAGUGUAAAGAACCCUUGCUCACUGAUCCAGGACAACAAAGGGAGAUUCUUCAUAGAUCGAGAUGGCUUUCUCUUUCGUUAUGUCCUAGACUACAUGAGAGACCUGCAAGUAGUGCUUCCUGACCACUUCCCAGAGUGUGGCCGGCUCCACAGAGAAGCAGAAUACUUUAAGUUGCCAGAACUUGCCAAGAUGUUGGCUCUUAAAAUGAACAACCUCAACUCCGUUGUCAAUGACUCGUGUCAAAUUGAUGGAGAUGAGCUUUCCCCCAGCAUUGUCGCCACUUUUAAUUUCUCUUCAGAUAAUAGCAUCCAUGUUAGUGGCCCUGAUAAUUCCGUAGUCCUCAGAGCUGCCACUGGUUCUGAGCUAAAAAAGUCUGGCUUCAUCACUAUUGGCUAUAGAGGCUCCUAUACUCUGGGCAGGGACAUCCAAACAGAUGCCAAAUUCCGCCGUGUGGCCAGAAUCAUGGUGUGUGGUAAGAUUUCAUUAGCCAAAGAAGUAUUCGGAGACACUCUGAAUGAGAGCAGAGAUCCAGACCGCCCUCCUGAGCGAUAUACUUCUCGAUACUACCUUAAGUUCACGUUUCUGGAACAAGCCUUCGACAAACUAGCUGAUGCUGGCUUCCACAUGGUAGCAUGCAACUCCACUGGCACCUGCACUGCCACACACGACCAAACAGAUGACAGGAUCUGGACCUCUUACACUGAAUAUGUUUUCUAUCGUGAGUGACCAUCAAAAUCAUCCAGGAAAUAAAAGCCCCCAAAGUUUCCCUCCUCUG